CAAAAAAACAUCCAAACAUAAACAAGAAUUGUUUUUAUUUUCUAUACAUCUAAAAGAAAUAUAAAAAAUAGCGCUCAUGAUGUUUUAACUAAAUAAUAUUAACAACCUGUUGAUAAUUCGAUUGUUCCAGGCCAUAAAAUUACCGCUUUUAUUAACCUAACCUUAUAUUUAAAAUUAAUAAAUUUAUUGUAGAUUAUGACUCCAUAUACUUUGGCUGAAAACGAAGAUUCCUUAGAUUUUUUUUACGAAAAUGAAAUUAUUGAAGAAACAUCUCAGAUUAUUUGGGAAAACUGUGUUAUACCUUCAACUCUCAGUAUUAUUCAUAUCAUUUAUAAAAUAGUUCUAGUAAAUUUUAUGUUUGCAAUCUUGGUUUCAUCAGUGAGAUUGGGGCAGAAUCUAUUUCAUGCUUUAUCAGGAUCCUGUGGAAUAUACUUAAUAAGCCAUCUCGAAUCAACUGAAGGAAAAUUACUAGUUGUGAUAUUUUUCUCCUUAUCAUAUUUAAUAUUAUUUACAAGUUAUAUACAAAAGAAGUAUUAUCCUAUUCAGAAAGAAAAUAUUGACAAAAUCAGAUACCUUAGCAGCUCAAACAUUAUAAAAUAUGCCUUAAUAAUAAUUCUAGUAUUAUGUGAAUAUUUUUUGAUGAAAACUGAAACAUGGAUGGAAAUUAGAGGUUUAGUGAUGAUUUUCAGUAUGAAAUUAAUAUCUUUAGCAGAUGAUAUUGAUAAAGAUGCCAUCGACUUUCCCAACUAUUUUCAAUACUUUGGUUAUAUAUUCUCUGGAGCAAAUGUGAUGUUUGGGCCAUGGAUUUCUUUUCAAGAUUAUAUUCUAAUGUACAAUCAACCAACAAAAAAGAAUCUCAAAUGGAUACUUAGCAUAGCUAGAGCUCUUUUACUUUCAAUAUUUUUUCUGACUGUUUCUAACUGCUGGACAAGUUAUAUAAUAAAAGAUGACAUGAACAUUUUUCUUGUAAGUUAUAAAGAAGCCUUGUCAUUUAGAACUAGUCAUUAUUUUGUCAGUUUCCUAUCUGAGGCAUCUAUGUUGGCUGCUGGUUUGAAAAAUAUCAAAAUAUGGAAUGAACCAAAUAAAUGGCAGUACAAAAUAGUAGAUCCACUGAAGAUUGAGCUUCCCACUGCUUUAGCUACAGUUGUUACUCACUGGAACAAGCCUAUGCAUGACUUUUUAAAGAAAUAUGUAUACAAAUGUUGGCUGCCUUUAGGAAAAUUCUAUGGCAUCCUUGCAACUUUUAUCAUGUCGUCCUUCUUGCAUGGGUUUGAAUUGAAGGUUUCUGUGGUAUUAAUAUCAAUAGGAAUUUUUUCUUAUCUUCAAUUUGCAGCUAGAGAUUAUUUUGCAAGAGCUUUUAAUUGUUGUAUACGUGUUUAUCCAUGUAGAGAUGGCUGUACACACAAAUAUAAAAGAUGUACUAUAAUUCCUGGUUGCUUUAGAUUAUUUUUUUCAGUUACAAAUAUCAUACAUUUGAUUUACUUAGGAAUGCUAAUGGACCCCUCAACUGAUGAUAUUGGUAUUAUUAAAAAAUGGAAAAAUCUCUAUUUUAUUAGUUUUUGGUUAAUGUUUGUAAAUGUUUUGAUUGUAAUGUGAUUUUUUUUACUAACACGUGGCUGUUUCAUAGACC